AAUAAACCAAAUUAAAGUAAGUAGCCUUCUCCAAUCCCUCUCAUUAAAGUCUAAAUUCCCCUAACCAAGUUGACUAAAUACGGAGUUGCACUAUCACUCUCCUUCCUAUCCUCGUUGGUCAGCUCCAAACCCUAACUACGAUCUGCUCCAUCUGCCUGGCUUUUGAUUCAAAAAAUGUCGUACUUGUUGCCACAUCUUCAUUCCGGCUGGGAAGUUGAUCAAGCCAUCCUCGCAGAGGAGGAGCGCCUCGUCCUUAUCCGCUUCGGUCACGACUGGGACGAGACCUGCAUGCAGAUGGAUGAAGUAUUGGCUUCAGUGGCGGAGACAUUAAAGAAUUUUGCAGUGAUAUUCCUAGUGGAUAUAACCGAAGUACCUGACUUCAACACAAUGUAUGAAUUGUAUGACCCAUCGACUGUAAUGUUCUUCUUUAGGAACAAACACAUCAUGAUCGAUCUUGGAACUGGGAAUAAUAACAAGAUAAACUGGGCACUCAAGGACAAACAAGAGUUCAUUGACAUCGUCGAGACUGUGUAUCGUGGUGCCAGAAAGGGCCGUGGUCUUGUCAUCGCUCCCAAAGACUACUCUACCAAGUAUCGUUACUGAUGUAUUGUUCUAUUUGUUGUGGUACAAACGCACAGAUUUGUAUUGUUCCUUACUGUGCGUUUAUGAUUGAAUAAUAAUGAGACUGUAUGAUGCGGUAUUAGACUAAGUCACACCUGCUUGUUGAUUGAUUGUGGAAUACAUAUUCCUUGUGUCUAGCAAGUUUCAACGGUAUCUUAUCAGUCACCAUGCUUGUGUGCUUUGUGUGACUUCAUAUUCACAGUUUAAUUUGUGUUCAAACUUCAAAAUACGACUGCUGUCUACCAAUUGAUGUAAACCUUUGCAUUGGCACUGAAAAUGUUGCUGGUGGAAAAUCUUCUGCUCCAUCAAUGUUUCUUUGGUUGUCUUCAUUGGGGCGAAGAAGAUCGGAGUGGCUCCAAGAGUUGGUUGUCCUUUGUUUUGUCUUUUCCAUUUUUCACUAUGCAUUUUUAUCUGUUUUCUCUUUACUUCAUCUUUUCUGCUGUUUUUGUCUUUCAUUUGUUGUACCUUUAUAUUAUCUCAGAAAGUAUACUUUGCCUUAAAAAAGAAAAAUCUAAGGCUGUCUUCAAUAAAAAAAUGGGCCCAUUUACCUCAUAUUGAUCAUCAAAA